AAGUGUUGGUGAGGAGAAUUUGAGACAAUUGUAAAAUGAAAGGAUAUAACACGCUCAUGUGCAGUAGGUGGCGGUAUGCACCUAAAAGUGGUUUGCAAUCCGCCAUUAAUGAAAAGAAGAAGAAGAACAGGAAGUCAGCUUCGUUACAGCCAGCGACGCAAAGAAGAAAAAGUUGUUGCUAAACUCUGCUCAACCCAACGUCAGUGUUCAGGCCUGUUUACGAAGAGAUCUAAAGAUGUCGUCGGGUGCUCUUUUUCCGAGCUUGGUGAGCGGCUCGAGGGGAAGUUCCAGCAAGUACCUGGUGGAGUUUCGUGCCGGUAAAAUGACCUUGAAGGGAAACGUAGUGACGCCGGACAAACGCAAGGGCACUGUGUACGUCCAGCAGUCCGAUGAUUCCCUGAUUCACUUCUGCUGGAAGGACAGGACGUCCGGGAAUGUUGAUGAUGACCUGAUCAUCUUCCCUGAUGACUGUGAAUUCAAGAAGGUGAGCCAGUGCACCACUGGACGGGUCUUUGUGCUGAAGUUCAAGGCCGGAUCCAAGAGACUGUUCUUCUGGAUGCAGGAGCCAAAGGCUGACAAGGAUGAUGAGUACUGUCGUAAGGUUAAUGAGUACCUGAACAACCCUCCCAUUCCUGGAACGGCCGGAAGCGGGGGAGGCAGUGGCCAUGAACUCUCUGCUCUCGGAGGAGAGGGAGGCCUGCAAAACCUGCUGGGAAAUAUGAGCCACAACCAGCUGAUGCAGCUGAUUGGACCAACAGGGCUGGGAGGACUGGGAGGUCUGGGAGCUCUAGCAGGACCAGGACUGGCCAACUUGCUGGGCAGCGGAGGACCAGCCACCAGCAGUUCCUCAUCCAGCUCACGUAGCCAGUCAGCAGCCGCCACUCCUUCAUCAGCCGGAGCCCCCAGACUGAGCUCCUCUCAGGCCCCCACCACCCCAGUGACUCCUGCCGCGUCCGCUGUCUCUCCAGCUACUGUUGCUCCUUCCACACCAGCCUCAUCCCAGACCCCACUGGCCCCGGCCUCUGUUGGAAGCCCUCCCUCCCACCAGCCCAUCCAGCUCAGUGACCUUCAGAGCAUUCUUGCCACCAUGAACGUCCCAGCGGCUGCAGCUGCUCAGGGAGCAGCAGUGGACCUAGCAAGCAUUUGCACCCCGGAGAUGAUGGCCCCCAUCCUGACUAACGCUGAGGUCCAGCAGAGGCUCCUGCCCUUCCUCCCAAGUGGAGAAAGUUUACCGCAGAGCGCUGAGGAGAUCCAGAACACAAUCAACUCACCUCAGUUCCAACAGUCGAUGAGUAUGUUCAGCAGUGCCUUGGCUUCAGGGCAGCUUGGCCCUCUCAUGAAUCAAUUUGGUCUGCCGGCAGAAGCUGUGGACGCCGCCAACCGAGGAGAUGUGGAGGCGUUUGCCAAAGCCAUGCAGGCCAGUAAAGGAGACUCCAAAGAGAAGAAAGAGGACGACGAGGACAUGAGUCUGGAUUAGAGCUCACACUGCUUAUCCUUUUCCUCUUCUUUAAUUUAGUACUUGUUCUUCCACCCACCUCUCUUUAAUGUUGUUUUACACCUCUGUAUACCAAAGGCAAUGCUCUUCUCCUCACUCACAGGAUAGCAGAGCUGUUAACAUGACAGCUAGAACUGACAUGUAAGCACUUGGAGCUAACUUAACAACAGUUGUUUUGUUCU